CGGCGGCGGGCGGCUCUAUUAAUGGCGGGGCUGCCCCGCCGCCGCCGCCACCUCCAUCGCCACUGAGCGCCCCCUCGCGAGGAGCAUGCAAUGCUCGCCGAGCCUGGUGGCGGCUCUCAGCUCCUUGCUGGUGGCCUUGGGGCUGCUGCAUCUGUGGCUGAAUGGCCACACGCCCUGCCGCUACGGGAAGCACGAGGACCAGCAGGCGGAGGAGGAGAGGGACGCCGCUGAUAAGACGACGCCGAAGCGCCGCGCCCACUUGCCCGCCCGAUGCGCCUGGUUCUUCCAAGAGCUGCCCUCGUUCCUGGUGCCCGCGCUUCUGCUGGCGCUGCGCAAGCCGCCGCGCUUGGCGCCCCUCGGCUGCAGGCUCCUGGGCGGCAUGUUCUGCGGCCACUACUUCCACAGGACAUUCAUUUACUCCUUCCUCCGAAGAGGCAGACCUUUCCCAUUGGAGACAGUUUUUCUCGGCAUGCUGUUCUGUAUCUAUAACGGCUUUCUUCAGGGUUACUACAUGAUUUACUGUGCUGAAUACCCAGAUGACUGGUACAAUGACAUCAGAUUUACAUCAGGUAUCUUGUUGUUUUUGUUUGGCAUGGGAAUCAAUAUUCACAGUGAUCUCCUCCUGCGUCAGCUAAGAAAACCUGGGGAGCUCAGUUACAAAAUCCCACAAGGAGGAUUGUUUGCAUAUGUAUCAGGAGCAAAUUUCUUUGGUGAGAUACUGGAAUGGUUUGGCUAUGCUAUAGCAACCUGGUCCCUACCAGCUUUUGCCUUUGCCCUUUUUACACUCUGCUUCAUUGGGCCACGUGCUUAUCAUCACCACAGAUACUAUCACAAGAAGUUCACUGGCUAUCCAAGAUCAAGAAAAGCCUUGAUCCCAUUUAUAUUCUAGACGCCAAUUAUCUGGACUUUGGGGGGUGGCUGUUGCGUGUCCUUUUACUGGCUAGCUUUAAUUAUGAAGUUUAUUGUUAAGUGUAAAAUGCUGAUGUGAGAUUCAAAGGGAAAGAAACUAGAAUAGUGUUAUGUUGCCCUGUACUGAGAGAGUUGUUGCUUGAUGGAAGCUAUUGUAGUACAAAUGGUAGUGUCUUAGGACCAAACUGCCAGUAAUAGACAGCUCUGUAAUUCUUCUUCAUAAUUUUUUUAAACAGAAAAACAGGUGUGGUCUUGAGAGAGCACGAGUGAUGUGAGCAGGUACUUAACCCUUUUAGCCUGCACUAUUUUUCUGCUCAGAAUUUCUACACACACAAAACUGCUUUUCUCCUGCCACUGAAAACAUGACAUCCCUGCAUCUUUUCUCCUGUGGGCGAGAAACAGCUUGGUAGGUAUCCUGUCAUGACAAUCAGAAACAGGAGAUCAGGUAGCAGAUCAGGGUAGACGCACAGGACCUCAGACCACUUCAAGUUGGCAACCUGCUCCAACAUGUUCUAGAGCUCCAUAAGGCCUUGUUACUCCUCUUAAUUAUCUGCAUUCCGGGGUCCACCCUGUUCCUAAAGAGUGGAGAGCCUUAAAGGCAUAGUCCUUUGGCCUGGUGCCAGUGCUCUAUUAUGUCUUGACCAGCUCCUGCCUUAUGUAUUGUCUGUGCUGUCAAAUAGGCACAGGGGAGUGUGAGACCUAUGAUGUAAAGGCAGCUGAUGCCUUGGAGAAGUUUUGGCUCUGGGGCUGCUGUCCUUGGACGUUCCCCUUCAGGUGCUGAAGGGGCUCCCAGCCAGCAGGCUUAGGCUGGUGUCAGGGCCUGGGUUCCACACCUCUGUGAAUUGUAAUGCUGGCUCACUUGAUCCACCUGGCUCUUCCUCUUCUCUGUCAGAGUCUUGGCCACUGCUCAGGAUCACAACGGGGGCAGGAUUUUCAGCAAAUAGAAGGAAGGGAAAGGGUUAAUCUUCCUGCCACCAGUUGCUUGCUCCUGGUUUUCACAUGGCUGCUUUUGUAAAUAAUAAAAAUAACGUCCAGCACCAUGGAAGAAAUAAAUAUAUAACACAUGUAGCCAGGCCCUUGAAGGUGUGAAGAAUAGCUGCUCAUCAUUAAGUUAUUCAGCAGCUGGUUACUUCCUGCCACAUUUGAAACGUUGCCAGCUAGUGAUGCUGCUUUUUGUUUGGAGGAAUGAUGGAAGUUUCAUCAGGGCCUGUCUGUCAUUGUUACUGCAGGACUUAUUUAAGAAUCUAAAAGGAAAGAUCUAUUUUGCAAACGGUAAUUUGUCUAUUCUUCUCCUGUGAUCUUCCCUAUAAAGACCAAGAGACCAUUCAUUAAAAAGGUGAUUCUUGGUUCCAAGACCUCCUGCUGAUGAGAAUAGUUUUUCGUAUAUAUAUUUUUCCCCAGCUGGACUGCUGCUGGAACUAAUUAUGAUCAAGAAUGGGCUGUUGUAUUAAAAAAAAACACUCAAAUAAUUUAACUGGACAUGUCAUUUCCUUGUAAACGUGGUUCAUGAACUGAAUAAGAAAUAAAAUAAUGAAU